AUGGAGCAUAUCCAGGUGCUUUUUUUUUUUAAUUUUAUUACAUUAAUCUCGUACAUCAGUCACAGCAACAGUAAUUCCGAUGCUCCUUGUUUGAAUCCAGUAAAGAGCUUCAUUUUAUUGUUAUUCGUGCUGUUAGGUUACGGCUAUGGAUACGGUUACGGUUACGGUGAUUUUGGACUGUACAGCGGUCUUUAUGGCGGUUAUGGUGCUUACGGAUAUGGUCUUGGAUUUCCAGCAUGGGGCGGAGCAUGUUGCGGUGGUUUUUAUGGUGGUUAUGGCGGUUUUCUUGGCAGGAAACGUAGUGUUGACAAAAUGUUGUUGGCUGAGAAAGCAACUGGUCAAAAGGCAGCAGUAUUAUCUACCCAAUGA